CGCUUGGCCCUCGUCAAACGCCGUCAACGGCUCUUGCAGUGCUCAGGACUUGUUUCCCAAGGCGAUGAUUUCGUCAGAGGGGAGCUCUCGAACAGAACGCUAGUUUCAGGCUAACACUGCUCGACCCUUGCCACCUCUCCCUUGCCUUGUCCAACAAGUCUCUUUUUUUCUUUUUUUUCUUUACCCGCUAUUUCGUCUGGAUGAUUACCGUCGAAGAGGCGACGCCCUCGCCGGAGCCAGCCUACAGACCGACGCUCGCUGAUCUGAGCAGGAAUGCCUCUGUCAUCUCCACCUCGUCUAGCUCAGAGGACAACUCCCAUCCGAAUUUGCUCAGUACUCCUGGGCCCAGCCGCCCUCGUCCACUCCGCACUUUCUCCUCCCCUCGUUCCCGCAGCCCAGGCGGCCCCACAACGCCUCGCUCGACUCGCCCACCCGCAUACCUCACCAGGGAGCUAGGCCUCCCUGACGAUCACCCACAGGUCCAGGCACAACAAGCCCGCUCCCGCGCACCCUCAAAAUCAAAGUCCCGCACUCGUUCUCGCUCGGCCGGACGACCCAGCGCGGAUGAUUAUGACUUUGGAAAGAUAUUAGGAGAGGGCUCAUACUCCACCGUAUUACAAGCUACACAUCACGGCACGGGUCAACAAUACGCGAUCAAGAUUAUCGACAAGAGCCAUCUUAUCCGCCACAAUAAGCUGCAGACUGCACACGCGGAGAAGAAUACUCUCAUCAGGCUCCGACCCGGUCAUCCUGGCAUCGUCCGUCUCCAUGCCGCGUUUCAUGACGAGUGGUCUCUCUUUUACGUACUCGACCUCGCAAAGAAUGGUGAACUUCAGUCCCGAAUAUCUCGGCUAGGUUCUCUGUCGUUGGAAUGCUCGCGGUAUUAUGGCGCCCAGCUUGUCGACGCGCUUGACUACAUGCAUUCCAAGGGUGUCAUCCAUCGAGAUCUCAAACCGGAGAACCUGCUUCUCGACGACGCGUUUCGCAUCAAAAUUACGGAUUUUGGGACCGGAAAGCUCAUUGAUCUCGGAGAGGCCGAUGCACCAAAGACCUUUGUCGGAAGUGCACCUUACGUAUCACCGGAAUUGUUGGAACGGAAUGAAACGAGCAAAAGUUCGGAUCUCUGGGCGCUUGGAUGCAUACUGUACCAGAUGAUCGCCGGUCGAUUCGCCUUUCACGGGCUUACCGAAUACCUUACCUGGCAAAAGAUCAAGGCGCUCGACUACACCUUCCCCGAAGGUUUCGAUGAGCAAGCCAAGGAUCUCAUCACGAGGCUCUUGGUCAAAGAUCCAGCGGCUAGGCUCGGCGCCGGCCCUGCAAAUUCGGACAAUACGAUGGCCGCCCUUCGUUCGCAUCCCUUUUUCGCGUCCAUCGUCUGGGAAAAACUGUGGAGCGAUCCGGCACCUCCGUUGGAGCCUGGACUGUUGAGGCGAGAGGAUUUGGGUUUGGAGAGGAAGUGGGAGGACGUGGGCGCGGCUUGGGACGCCUUGGUGGAAGGAAAGGAGGGCAAGUCGUCUUCUGCGCUGGACAGUGAUGACGAAGAGGAUGAGGAGGAUGAUGAGGGAAGCGGUACAGAGGAGGGAAAGGAGGGAAAGAGAGUGAGGAUAGCGGGCGAGGACGGGAUCGAGUGGGCGAGGGAUGGGGAGGGGACAGAGUUCGGGUUGUUCGGAGGAGGGAGGAGAGGAGACAAUAAUGGGACCAGUGUCCAUGCGACGCCACCGACGCCGCUGGGGGACCUGGGACCUUUGAACGAGUUGCCGGACUACGCUGGGACGCUCGGAGUGGCGGGGGCAUCGGGGCUGGGACAGGUGGUGACCGAUGAUAGGAUGAGUGAGAGGACGAUGUUAGCACCCAAAAUUCACAGGUCGAGGGUUAACGGGAAUGGGGCACUGCAGUUCCAGUUGGCAGAGCCGCAGAGGGAUAGUCUUGUGAGGGAUGAUGAGGACGAGCCGGGGAUUGUCUCUGUGCCGACAGAGGAGGGUGAUGCGGCGGAGACUGCGACAGAGGCAGGUGCACAUUCGGACACGAGUUCAGAGACGAGCGAGUCGGUCGUGCCGCCGGGUGUUGGGAUGCUAUUGGGCACGGGUAUGGGUAUGGGUAUUCUGGAGGGUGACGAACCGCCGGAAGGAAAAACUUUGUCCGGCGCUGUGGAAGGAGUAGGCGCCGGGGCAGCGGAUGUUGAUGCGGACUCUGGUGUAGGGUUAGGGAUGGCGGAUGAAGGAGAGGAAACGAGUGCAGGUGUGGUGAUGAAGAGCGAACCGAUAGCGGUGCCCGGGCAUGUGAGGAAUUCCAGAUCGUUAACGGGCUCGUCAGAUGGGAGUCCAGUGGAGAAGUUGGGUGCGGCCUGGGGUGCUACGUUCAACCGGGGCAGACUACGGACCAGGGCCCCGAUUGUGGAGGUGACGCCUAUUGAGCCGGAUUGGAACUCUGUCCUUGCACCAGGAGAAAUAAUUCUCCACCAUUCUGCCGUUGAAGAGACCGUCCUCAAACGGCGGACGUCCAGGCUCCUGCUCCCUAUUCCUGUUGCGCCUCGAAGACCGAAAAUGAGGCAACUGGCACUCACAUCGCAUCGGCUUGUAUGCUUGAAACAGCAGCAUAAAGGUGGGAAUGUGGUGAUCAAGUGCGAGUACGGGUUGAGACCAUCCGAGAAGGAGAAAGAAAAGGACAGGGAGAAGGAGUCGAGGAGGAUCAUCACGGGUGUUGGUAAGAAGAGCGAUAGGGAGUUCGUCGUCUUCACGACGAAUAAAUCCGCCUUUUUCGCUGCACAGUCCAGCGAGGUCGCGAACGAAUGGAUGAAGAAGAUCCAGGAAGCCUUAGAGCGUCAUGGUGCCGAGCAUCGUGAACGAAAACUUUCAAAUGCGACCAACACAAACGCCAAUGUCGCCGCCACCGCCACUCCGAGCACUACCGGGAACGACACAGUGAAUUCCAGCACUGGCACUUCUUCGAACACGGCCUCCAGUCCGACUGCUAAGGCUCCGACUACUCCCCCGAGACCAACCUACGAAACUCGUCUGAGCAAUACUCCCCUGACUCCCUCUCCUGGAGCAUAAUCAAGCCCAAGAGGACGUCUCCAUGAAUAUGGCUAUUUAUAGCAUGGCCUCUUCUCAUGCACAUGCCUUUUGUUUUGCCGCCCAUCUCGUAUGGCGGUGGUGUCUUUUCUUUGGGUUACAUUCCUGUUCGGGCUGCAACCUGUACAUAUGUGGUGGCAGGAAAAUAUAUGGGUAUCAUUAUCUCUUGAUUUCCAACUUUCGCAUGGGCCUUUUUCGCUUGCUCGCCUUCGCAUCCUGCCUCCAUCACCUCACUUCCUUCGUCAUCCGACCAUCUAUUGAAGGACAGGUUUCAUUUCACCUCCAUCCUCUCUACCCUUCGCAGUCCGCGCGCUGUGCCUUUCUUAAUCUACUGUGUUCUAUUCCAGUCUCGUCUUCACUCUCUCCCUCGGUUUCCUCUUACACGGUUAUCUAUACCUGCUCGGCUUCGUCCAUGUCCAUUAUGUACAUGUCACAAUUGUUAGUAUUCUCUAUCUCUAUCCUGUCCUCUUUCCCUUUUCCUUCUCGCGCAUGAAACGCUCGGGCUAUCUCGUCGGUCGGGGAUCGAAAACCAAACGAACGUUUUUAGAACCUGUACUGUACCGUACCUUCUGAGUCACCUCGCUUCCUACUAUCACCUUCUAUCUCUCCUCCUCCCAGUCGAGUCACCCACUCCCAUUCAAUCCAAAAGGCGGACGGCGGACCUUGUGAUAUCAAUGGCCUCGGUUUUCAAUUACUUAUGCAUCCUUCUACUCGAGUAUACACCAAGCACUCCCAUCACCUCCGUUCCUACCUCCUUUGCUUCUCUUCUCCUAAUGGGUGCUUCUCAAUCGGCGGACAAACGUAUACAUAUCAGAGCUUCAGUACUACAUACUUAUACACGCACGAAGGACUCUCCCUUUCGCUUCCGUUCCCUACUACUCCUUUUACCUACUCUGUCUGGGUUCCUAUCUCUCGUUCCUUUCCUUUCCUCCCUCUACGCUACAGUUGCACUUACCCCCCUGUUCGCCGUAUUUUAUUAUAUUCGCUGUUGCUCGCUCACCC